UUGACCCUUUUAUUUUUUUCCAUCCUCUAAGUGUUGACCUGGAUCAAUAGAGCAACGAAGUUUCCUUCCUUUUGACGCUCAACUGUCCACCGACACGGGGGCGAAGAUUAUUAGCUAUAUACAAGAAAGAAAAACCGUACAUUGUAUAUCAUGGCUGAGAAAGAAUAUGACGCGGAAGUUUCUGAGUUGGAGUUGGACGAUCUCGUUCUCGAAGAUCUAAGCGCAGACGAAGAAGACGAUGAUAACAACGUUAAGUACUUGCCGGCCGCACAGGCCGGUGGCGGUGUGGAGAAAUCCAAGAGAAUUACCACACCGUACAUGACCAAGUAUGAGCGCGCCAGAGUACUAGGUACCCGAGCACUUCAGAUCGCUAUGUGUGCUCCAAUCAUGGUGGAACUGGAAGGGGAGACAGACCCGCUAAAAAUUGCUAUGAAGGAGCUGAAGCUGCGCAAAAUUCCCAUGAUAAUACGUCGCUAUCUGCCUGACCAAUCUUACGAGGACUGGAGCAUUGAUGAACUGAUCGUCACUGACCUGUAAGGUGUGGUGUUUAUUUUUAUGAAAUAUUGUGUGUGUCUAUGUUAAACAUUUAGUAUAUGUAUAUUGAGGAUAGAGAAAAAAAGGGAUUUGGUAUAAACGUAGCAUAUAGCAUUAGCUCUGCGCCCAUUCUAAACGUGUUUUCUAUCCAUAGCCGUAUGGACACGUAUGCCGAUACGAAACACACGUUUAAUAUGAACGCAACGCUGUACUGAUAUGUGGGUUCCAAUCACAAAUUAGAAAGAUAACCCUUAAAACAUUGUACGUCACACGGCCCCAACGCGUUUGCUAAGGAUAUAUAUACCUACUAACGCAAAAGUGUCUAGGCAGCUGUAGCCACUUUCCAUCAAGCGGACUGUAGUGUAAUAUAACGGUGUUGUGAAAAAUGAUCAUAAAAAUAAAAAAAUACAGUUGAAUUUAGAACUUCCUCCUGUUCUAAAGUCGGUUAAACAAAAAGUUACAGAACAACGUGUAUACGUAUUUAUGAGAUUUUUCAAAAUUGUUCGUUAC